AUGGUUUUAAGUUCUCAGUUUCAUAGGCCCCUCUCUUCUUUUUCUCUCUCAAAAAUGGCACGAAUUUCCAAGUGAACACACAGUGAAUCAAUGGAAGAACCAAACAGAUUCAACUGUUAAGUUAAUAAAGCUAAGAGAAAAAAAAGAAGAAAAGAAACCUCUCUUCUUCUCUUCUCUUCUUCUUCUUCUUCCAACUCUGUCUAUGCUCUCUUCUAUUCUGUUCUGUCUUUGUAUGUUCAUACACUUCACUCUUAACACAACAGAGAGAGAGAGAGAGAUUAUUAUAUUCUGUUCUCUGCAUUCUCAUAGGAGUCAUUUUUGGUGCAAACUAAUGAUAAGGUUUCAGUUUCUUCACUUCUGUUUCCGUUGUCUUCUGCCAUUCAUUCUUCUUCUUUAAUGAAACUAACUGCAACAACAACAACAACCAUGACAAUGGAAGAAGACUCCUUAGCUGCACUUCCAUUUGACAGAGCUGUUGAACAGGCAAUUGUAUCUAUAAAGAAAGGUGCAUAUUUACUAAAGUGUGGUCGCAGAGGAAAACCAAAGCUCUGCCCUUUCAGACUUUCCCCGGAUGAGAGGAAUUUGAUUUGGUACUCAGGGCAGCAGGAAAAGCAUUUGCGAUUGAGUUCGGUUUCGAAGAUUAUUCAAGGGCAGGGAAAUAUAAGGUGCCAAAGGCAAAAUGAAGCUGAAAAGGAGUGCCAUUCAUUUUCACUAAUCUAUGCUGACAGCGAACACUCUCUUGAUCUGAUAUGCAAGGACAAAGCACAGGCUACUACUUGGUUUGUUGGAUUGAGAGCUGUGAUUUCUCGGUGCCAGCAUCCUCGACCUUUCAGUAGUUUAAGAAGCUGCAAAGGGGUUCAGAGUUGUGUCAGUAGUCCGGCCGGAAUAUUACGAAGAAAGAAAAAUCUUGGCCUCCUGGAUGAUACCUCCCAAUUUGCUCAGGUACAUAGUGUAUGCGCAAGUCCCACUUUGUCACUCUCAGAAAGGUGUUUUUCUGAUGGCUUAUCAUAUACAUCUGACAAGUUUUAUCCAUCAACACCUUUCCUUUCCAGUGCAAAUGACAUGAUUGAUAAUUCUGUCCCAAGUUCUCCAUAUAUUGAUCCAGAUACUCCUAUUAAGAUUGAAACAACACGUCUCAACAAGGAGCACAAGAAUUUGUCCUGCAGGUCUAUGUUGAACCCCGCCACACCACUCAUAAGAAACAACAAUGCAUUGAAGGAUGUAAUGGUUUGGGGUGGAGGGAUUGGAGGUCUUGUAGGGAUUGUAAAUGAAAGGUUUGUGAACCAACAUGGAAUAUAUUCUUUAGUUCCAAAGUUGCUAGAAUCCACUAUGAUGUUAGAUGUACAAAAUAUAGCUUUAGGAGGAAAACAUGCUGCCUUGGUAACAAAAGAAGGGGAAGUGUUUUGUUGGGGUCAAGGGAAGUGGGGAAGGUUGGGGCAAAAAAUUGAUAUAGACACUAGCUCCCCGAAAAUAGUUGAUUCUCUUAAUGGUGUUCAUAUAAAACAGGUAACCUGUGGUGAGUAUCAUACAUGUGCUUUGACAGAUUCUGGUGAAGUAUAUGCAUGGGGGAAUGAUGUUUGUUGUUCGGAUUUGGUUAAUGAAGGCCGGAUAAAAAAUCAAUGGAUACCACAUAAACUUUCAGGUCCUCUAGAUGGUAUUAGCAUUUCAAGCAUUGCUUGUGGAGAAUGGCACACUGCCAUUGUCUCUAGCUGUGGAAAAUUAUUUACAUAUGGAGAUGGUACCUUCGGAGUUCUUGGCCAUGGCAAUCUUCAGAGCUGUUCUCGACCGAAACAUGUUGAGUCUCUUAGUGGUCUAAAGGUGAGGUCUGUUGCUUGUGGUUCAUGGCAUACAGCUGCAAUUGUGGAAGUCAUGGUUGAUCACUUUCGGUAUAAUACUCCUACAGGCAAGCUGUUUACUUGGGGAGAUGCAGAUGAAGGGAGGCUUGGUCAUGCAGAUAAUGGAAACAAGCUUGUUCCGACUUGUGUUUCGCAACUCGUUGACUAUGAUUUUGUUCAAGUAAGUUGUGGAAGAAUGUUGACUGUAGCACUUACUAAUAUGGGGAAGGUAUUUGCAAUGGGAAGCGCGAGAUAUGGACAGCUCGGAAAUCCUCACGCCAGAGAUAGAGCAGUAAUGGUUGAAGGACAGCUUAAACAAGAGUUUGUUAAAGUGAUUUCGGCUGGUUCAUAUCAUGUUGCUGUUUUGACUUCGGCCGGGAGUGUCUAUACAUGGGGCAAAGGUGAAAAUGGUCAACUUGGACUAGGUGAUGCCGAAGACAGGUACACGCCUUCUUUUGUUGAGGCUCUAAGAGACAGGCAAGUAGAAACAAUAACUUGUGGAUCAAGUUUCACGGCUGCAAUCUGUUUGCACAGACCGAUUUCUAUUAGUGACCAGUCAGCUUGUAGUGGGUGUAGGCUGCCGUUUGGAUUCACAAGGAAGAAGCAUAACUGUUAUGAUUGUGGCCUUCAUUUCUGCCGUGCUUGUAGUAGUAAAAAGGUUAUAAAUGCUUCUCUAGCCCCGAGUAAGAGCAAGGCCUUUCGAGUUUGUGAUCAGUGCUAUGAUAGAAGGCAAGGAAGUACACAUUCAGCAGUGGCUUUGAAGUCUAGAAAUUGCAACUCCCAGCAGCUGCACAGACUUCCUGAUCUGACUGAAGAUAGAGGAGAGACAACUAUGGCACAGGGUCCUCUCUUGACGCUCGGCCAAUCAUGUUAUAGGAAAAGCAUGCCCAGUGGAAGAAAGGACUGGAAAAACCAACAAGAGAGCCAGCAGCAUUUAGAAGAUAGUUCUUCUUCUAUGUUAGGUGGGAUGCCCCAAUGGGGGCAAGUUCCAUGCCCUGCCCAAUUUAGAAUCAAUUGUAAAGAAAAUUUGGCUGGGCAUGUUUCUUCGUCGAAAAAUAAAGUAGCUACUGUUGCCCCACCAAAUAUAGAAUCUCCGGCGGCAGCAUUCAACUUCUCUAGUGCAGAGUCAGAUACAACAAAGUCUGAUAAGAUGCUCAUUGAAGAAGUUCAGAGGCUGAGAGCUGAGUUAAAGAGACUUGAAGAACAGUGUGAACUCAAAAACCAUAAGAUACAAGAGUGCCAACAGAAAAUUGAGGAGAGUUGGUUUGUAGCAAAGGAGGAAGCUGCUAAGUCCAAAGCAGCAAAAGAGGUCAUAAAAGCUUUGGCUUUAAGGCUUCAUACAAUAUCAGGAAAAGAGAAUGCUGGACAAGAAGGAAAAGUUGGGAUACAUGAUUGCAUGUCUAAUUUGGCACCCAUACAUAUAGAUAUGAAUAGUCCUAGGGAUGGCAACAUGGACAGUCUAUCUAAUUCCCCUAUAGUAUUCUCAGACACAUUGAAAUCAAAACUUGGGAGAAACAUGUUACUCAAGAAUGAUAGAGUGACGGAAAAUUCUAGCAUCGCUAAACCACAGUCACAGCAAGACAAUACUGACAGCAUGAAGGUUGAAUGGGUAGAACAGUAUGAGCCUGGUGUUUACAUCACAUUCACAACCUUGCCAUGUGGGAAAAAGGGCCUUAAAAGGGUCAGAUUCAGCCGGAAACGAUUCUCGGAGAAGGAAGCAGAACGGUGGUGGGAAGAGAAUCAAUGCAGAGUGUACCAUAAAUAUGAGAUUGAAGGGUGUAUAAACAAUAGCCAAAGUCAGGUGAAAGGCUAAUUUUUGGUUUGCCAUUCAUCUCUUGAAGUUUUUGGUUUCACUAUUAUUCUUGGUAGUGGAGAGCAGGUUCUUAGAUAUGAGCAGAAGCUUAUUAAUUAUUACUAUUACUGCAAAGAAAAUAUCAAAGUCUAUCUUGCAUGUAUAAUCAUGCUUUGAUGAUUAUCAAUCAUCAUGGGGCAUUCUAUAUAUCCUAUUGUACAGCUAUAAAUAACAGAAUGUCCCCGGAUUUUCUUACUAUUCAAUUUAUAA